CCUUAGCUCAUCUGAGUACCGCGCUGAUAAACAGACCCGACGAAAAGCUUUGGCCGCCUGUUUGCCUCUCGCUCACUCCUAUGGUUAGCUUGCAGUUUUCGUCGAUGUGAGUACUGGGCAAGAGCCCGUUUAGCUUCAACGUCCGAUUUCGUUUAAACUUUCCAUGUUGACGUGUUUUUGGGUCCUGAUUACGGGAAAAAUAGUCAAAGUUGGCGCAAAUAACGGGAUCUUGAAAAAUAACGCUACGACAACUGAAAAGCUCUUUCCAACAUUUAUAUUUUGCUUGUACUUUUCAUGGUUACGUCCCAAAAUAGGACUACGUAUGGCCGCGAGUGGUCAGCGCCGGCUAGCUCUAGAGCACUUGGGGUGUCACAGGACACCAUUUGAUAUAUUGUGGGCUUUUGGGGGCAACCCCAAAGCCUCUGCGCUCCCACCCGACCUUAGCAGCUGUAGAUGUCUCCGACUGCUCCUUGGACCGGUUACCGUAGUUUACCUUGGGACUGUCUACAUGUUCCCUCCUCUUCGAGAGAUAGGUCUAUAAACCUAACUUAUUUACAGAAUUGCUUCAGCUUUCCGUAAGUAAACCCACCAACCACCGCCCGCCGGGUGCAACAGUCCCACACAGGGAUUUGUGUAGACGGAUAGAAUGUCUGUUUUCGGUUUUUCGGUCCCUACCUAAAAGAACUCUCUUAAGUGGAUCCCAGACUUUAUGAUAAUACGCGACCUACUCGACGGUCACUGGAGAGGAUUCCCCGUGGGAUUAACAAGGGUCCCGCUAUACAGUUGCGGUUAUGUUUGUUUAUGUAUUUUUUUUUUGUUUUUGGUUACUUGUUCUUCGGCUUUGAUGGUUUAAGUCCUAUGCCUCGCCCAGAAGGAGCGAUACGUGAUAAAUAAUAGACACAAAUAUAAAAACAUUCGCAGUGAAUUGUUGACAUACGGCAAUAAAUAAAUUGAUUUAAAUUAGUGAUAUAAAUAAAUAAAUAAUCGUACAAUAAAUAGGUUAAUUUUUAAGAGUAAUAAAAAUCCCCUCCCCAACAUAUACAUAUUAUACAAAAAAUAUAAAUAAAUAAAUAGCUAAAUUAAUGGACGACACAACAUAAAUAUAAAAGAAUUGUUACGCGCUAAGCCGCUGAUCUCUUCCAGCUCCGGUUGGUGACGUAACUCCACCACGUGCUGUUACGCUCGAUCGAGUCACUCCAGUCCGGCUUCAGAGACCGUUCUUAGGCGUCGGCGACCGGCGAAAACUUUGAACGAGCGGGUCACUCCUUUUUAAUUGACGGCACUGCGUUCGAAAUUUUAAUUGCAAGUGUCUUGGCGCUGGUCACUUAAACACCGCGACUUCUGUAAGGAGAUUGCUAUUUCAACGAACCCGCUGCGACUGCGCGCCACCGACACCAAAUCUGAACUGAUGUAAUGUCGGCCAUUUGCCUUCCGCCAACCCAUGCCGAUUACGGACCUCUGUUCCCUGCAUUCUGGGUCAAUGUCCCUAUAACCUACAUUCGUCCGGUUUGAAUUUGAAUUCGCCCCCAACCGACUCCAGUUUUUACGUUGUCCGUCACUGGACCCUAAGCCCACUUUGCAUCCCUGGUUUUUCCGAUUACUCGAUUAUUGAGGGAUGACGACAUAACAUCAUUUAGACUUUAUUAUUUUAAUUUAGUGUUCUUAAAAAUUUUAAUGCCGUUAAAUGUUAAGCGCAAUGUGCCUUUUAGUUCAAUUUCUUUUCCUCAGCAUAAUUCAAGAAUCGACGAUUGAGCCAACAAUUUAUUUUUAAAUAUUUGACAGCGUGAAGAGUCGGGAGCGAGCGAGCAAGUGAGAGAAACAAAGAAACGGCACUCUAAAAACAGGUUCCUAUGCAAAAAUUAAUGUUUGAAUUUUAAACCACGAAUUCUCAUUAAAUUAAUUAAAUGGUCGGAAACGACUCUUUCAGUGCGUUGCAAACUUUUGCCUGAAAAAACGACCUAUUCCUAUAAUUGUCUCUCUCUCUGUAAUGCUUUGCCCAUCAUACUAUACCUGGGGCUGCAUUUUAAGGAGCCGCAAAAAUAAAAUCCUUUUGUUCGGACCCUUAUGUUCUUAUCCACACCGACUCUCAAUAGAUGAACGAUAAACGGUUUCCUUCGAAACGAGCGGUCAGAAAGGGACCGAUUCGUGUCCUACGGUCUACCAAAAACCUGAGACCUAGAUCACGAACAAUACGAGAAAUCGGGUUUUUGCUCAGACCCUAAGUGAUAGAAUAUUAAUUUUUAUGGUCUUCUGACUGAGCAGCCCGAUUAGAAAGACCAUAUCUAAUUUGUGCCAGAGAAAGCAGCUAGUCGGUCAGUACGAGGUUGUUGAAAUAAAAAAGUGAAACUAGAACGUUUAAAGACCAAAAUUCAGUAUUUGCGUCGAAUCGAAACUGCGAAAAAUAAAAUAAUUAUCAAUUUCUUUAUGGACCAUUAUAAAAAUCUUUUAAACGCCUA